AUGGGGCAGAUGCUCAGCAACUGGAAGAGCACCGGGCAGCGGGACUCGGGGCAGGGCCAGCCCCGCGGCCGAGGUGGUGACGCUAAGGCUGCUGGGCAGUGCCAGGGGGAUGGCAGCCAUCCAGGAGCUGGAGACACUCGGAGGCAUCAGAGGGGACGUGCAGAACACCGGAGACACACCAUCACCAAUGGCGUGGACUUCAGCAUGCUGAAGCACAUGAAGGAGCUGGAACAGGAGAAGGAUUUCCUGCUGCAGGGUCUGGAACUGGUAGAACGCACCCGGGAGUGGUACCACCAGCACAUCCAGUUCAUGCAGGAACGCCAGAGGCUCCUGGGAAAGAACAAAACCACUGCCAUCUCAAAGGAAUUCCUCCCUGAGGGCGGACAGAGCCACCUGGGGCGCCUGGUGCCCAAGCUACAGGAGGUGAACCGCUGCCUGGGUGACCUUCUUUCCACUGCCAGCAAGCCAGCAAACCCCUCCUCAGCUCUGAGCAGGCUGGUUCCUGUGGCAUCCCCAGCCUCAGCAGGCUCCCAGCAAGCCAUCAACAUGCUGAAGGAGCAAAACCGACUUCUUACCAAGGAGGUUACUGACAAGAGCGAACGCAUCACCCAGCUGGAGCAGGAGAAAUCUGCCCUGAUCAAACAGCUCUUUGAGGCUCGUGCCCGCAAUAACAAUGAAACAAGCCAGCUGGACUCCACCUUCAUCUAGUGCCUGUCUCCCUGCUCCCUGUCUUCAAAUUUCCCUGGGGGUUUCGUGGGACUCUUGCCCAAAACCCAUUGCACCUGUUGCUCCAGGUGUUGUAUCUUGAGGUCUGGAGCUACUGGUGGCACCUCUGCAAGAGGAAAGAGGGAAGGCGUUUCCCCAACCCUGCCUGGGGAGCAUCCCCAUACCGCUCUGCUGCUGGGCUUCUCAGCCAUGCUGCUCUCAAGCUGCUCCUUUUCUGUCUCUAAACAGAUUGCAAGGACUGUACCCCCAACCCCGUGAUCCCCAACGUGCUGGAGGAAACAGCUGCUGCCUUCGCAAGGGGAACUGCUGUGCUCUUGGCCUCAGGCUGAAUUUUGGCUGCUCUCAGAAAAAGAUGAUGCAUCUUCAACAUUCCAGCUGGCACCUCCGGGCAAGCCUGGCCACUGAAGGCUGGCUUCUCCCCUGCCUUUCUCACUGUUGGAGAACAAGAUUGAAGUUCCAGUGGGACAUGCCUGGCCCCUCUCUGCUGCCUGAGUUCUGCCUGCCAGUGACACUGUACUGGGCCAGAGCAGUGCCCACUAGUGCUCCUCCUGGCAUAAUCCCUCUUUCCAGUUUGUGGUAGUGAUGCCAUAGUCACUGUUUACAUGUCUGCAGGCUCUGGUAGUUAAUGAGCCAUAGACCCAAACGAGGUAGCCUGUAGCUCUGAGCUGCUGUUUCAGGCUGUUUGCAGAUAGAAGCAGACACCUCUACAUCCAUUUAAUUGGCUUGACCUGGCAAAUGUUUUCUUAUUAUUGCCAGGCUUAUAUUUUUUUUCAUGAUGACUUUCAAAGGAGAGGUGAUCUCUUACAACAUGAGGAUGCUAACGCAAGCCUGAUUUCACAGAGGGCUUUAGGACGAGGUUUUGUACUUAGCUGAAUGUGGGUGACAGAGCCAAGGCUGAUGGGCUCUUUCAUUUGCACAUCUCCAAGAGGAGAAAUGGCAUCUUUGCCUGUACUGGUGGUGGAUGCUGGCUCCCCAGGGUGACGUCCCAAGUGUGAACUACACCUCUCCCCAAGUCUUUUGGGUAGGUUGUGGUGGUCUAAGUGUGGGUCCUGUUAGACUGGUGCAUCUCAGAAUACCUCCUCUUUUCCACCCAGCUCUGAUGAUACUUGAGCUGAACGAUGUCUUCCACUGUGGCCUGGUACUUGGUAUUUAUGGUACUUUCCUAGAAGAUCCUUGUGAAUCCCCAUGUAGCACAGUCCUGGUCCUCUGUAGCUCCAUGGCCAGGACUUGUCUCUCCAGAGUUGUUUCAUGCUCUGACUUUCCUGGCAUGAUGCCGUGGCACAGUGCACUGAGAUGAGCAGAAGGUGCUGGACCUGCCCUGCCCCGUGCAGACCAAUUCCUUUCUCACGCCUGUUUUUAUCUGUCCAGUGCUGUCUGUCCCAUCCACAGCUCCUCUGAGAUUGAUCUUGACCUGAAGGUCACUGCAAGGCACAAAUCCCUGCUCUACCCUUGUGCCUGCUGCCGUGUGUCAGAGUGGGGAUAAGCAGAGUGCCGGGGAGAGGGAGGAGGAGGAGGAGCAAGGCCAUAGCUAGUCCUGUCCCUUGUCUGCAGGAGUAGGGUGUUAGUUGUCCCCUGGGCAUUGGUACUUGCCAUCUCUUUCAUGAUGCCACCUCUGGUGUCUAGUACCUGUUUUGCCUGAGGUUUAAUUAAAAGCAGCCCUCUUUAUGAGGAGUGUCACCUGUCUGUAGAAUAAUAAAGUAGGAUGAACUAUUUAAUUUGUCUUUCUCUGCCUAAAUCAUUCCAUCUACUGCUACGAGCACUGAAGUUCCUGACUGUUCUGUACCACAGGAUGUGGGGUAAGCUGAGGUUGCACAACUGUGGCCUGAGCACGAGGAUCCCAGGAGGUCUCUGCUCCAGGCUGU